GCAAGGGCAAAGGCAAGGGCGAAGGCGAGGGCGAAGGCACGAGCAAGGGCGAAGGCAAGGGGGAAGGCGAGGGCGAAGGCGAGGGCCCCUUAUACAUCCUUGAGGUGGCAGUAGGGUAUACGCCAGGAUGUGUCUUCUAUGAUUGGCCAGAAGUAUACACCGUGGAUGAAGGGACUAAUAACAUUAAAACAGUAGCAUUUUCUGAGUGGCUUGAGAAAGUGAAAACUUUCCAACCUGCCACUCAAUCCAACUCAGUAACACCAGGCGUCAAGUAAAGCAGAUUAGAUAAAAGUGGCAGGAGAAACAUUUUCAUAUUUGACAGCCCGACCUACUUAAGUGGCAACUGAACUCAAGGGUGUGUCCCAUCAUAUAUACUAUAUCUUCUUGGAAACAUUAUACCAGACAGAUGUUGCAGCGGUGACAGAGGAGAAAGCAGUAUGGCCCGUGUUAUUUAUACCAAAGAUGCAUGCAGUUCAGAAGUUGUGGUUUCAUGGCCAAGUAACUCCCCACUCCUUCCAAGGAUCCGACUACAAGACGGACAAUUUGAAGCAAUUCAGAGUCAUGUCCUGACUCCAGGUAAGCUAGCAGUAUAUCCACCAAUGAUUGCAAACAAGAUGCACAACAUCAUACGCAAAAGAAUAAAAUCUCAUGGAAAACAUUUCCAAGGCGGAUUAUCCUUUGUGACAAGUUCACUAGCAGUGAUGCUGAAUCUGCCAAAGAUGGAUACACCAAACGGAGUGACAUCAGAAGUGUUCUAUGUGUUUCCUGACCGUCCAUCAAUGAUUCUCUGCUUUGUGUGUGAGAAAAGAGAAGAUCUUGGGAAAUAUGUUCUUCGUCUUGCCCGGAGAGUAAUAAAUCAAAUCCGGAGGUACACAGAUGAACAUUUCAGUGCGGUCUAUGGCCUUCUGGACGCCAGUGAUUUAGUAUCAGACGACCUAUUCACAAAUGCCUUGAGGUUAAUUGAAGACAAAACCUCCACUUUAUGCAGUCUCCAUGCACUCAACAUGAACAGUGGAAAAUGUAUUAAUAUAAUUCGUGCCUUCCUUGCUGCAGUAGCAGUUACCGAUCACACAGAAGGACACGACAUGAAACAGGAACUACGUUUACUGUCCAAACAACAGUUCUGCAUAUUGGUGGAAAACAUUGACGAGGACAUAGUAAUGAUUGACACUGCCAAAUGUACUGGUGCACAAGAAUGUUCCGAGAUGUAUGAGCUUAUGAUUGAGGUUGCAAGGUGGCUUGAGAAAAGGGGACAAACCAUCCUUGUUAUAGAUGAGGACCUUCAGAAAACGCUUCAAGAACAACCUAAAGGUCUUCCGUCUCAUAUAGUUGCUUCUGAUAAACUAAAAGAUGUUUCUGGAGAUGACUUUCCUGAAAUACAACACAUUGUUGCAGCCAAUAUCCACAUCGAUGACAUCAAGAAAUUUCACACGAAAGGAGAAAGAAGUGGGAAAAGUGUCAUUUGGCUUUUCAGCAAUUCUGAGGCUCCAGAAGAGGUCAUACACGCUGAAGCACCUGACCAUGAGAUUGAAGUUGAAUUUCGUGACGAGAAUAGUGAACUCCUUUUUUCGGGAGACACAUCUUCAAAUGGAAGUGCUGAUGAAAUGAGCCGUUCUAGAAAAGAGGAAGGUUACUGGUCGGAAGGGAAUGAUUCUGACGGUGAUGAAAAGGAUGCAGUACAAUCAAGCGAUGAUGGAAGAGAAGCUGAUGAAAUACAGCUGCAAGAUGAGACCACAACUGGCCGUCUACUCGCUUGCACCAGCCAUACCAUCAACGACUGGAUAUCAGGGACAGCGCCUUCACCUUUGUUGCCUCAUGUGACAAAAUGCCUGAAAGAUCAUUCUUGUACCACAAUCAUUGGUCAGCCUGGUGAUGGGAAAACUACUCUGGCCCACCAAGUCUUGUCUCAAAUGCACAGAAAGAAAUGGAAAGUGUAUGUUGUGGAAACGCCCCAGGAGUAUAUUCAGAUUCAAAAGAGUGAAAAAUACAUCAUUCUUUUCAACAACAUUUUUGGUAUUCCAAACUUUAAAAUUGAGGAGUACCAAAAAUGGAUUCCUGUCUUGGAGGACAUAACGCAAGAACUUGAAGCGUCUGAUUCAACAUAUCAAGUGUUAUAUUCAAUAUUUCUGUUCAGGACAAAUGUCUUUCAAACAGCAAUCAAACACAUCACUCCUUUCAAAAACAUAAUUUUCUCUGAACGUCAGCGAAUUGACUUUGAAACAGUUUAUGAUGCAGAAAGAGAAAAAACACAAGCAACUGACAGGAGAAAUGAUAUAUUAAAUGAUUCUGUCACUGACUGCUCAACGACAUCGUCGCCCCUCUUACGCAAGUUGUGUAUGAUGAAAGAAAGGAAAGAUGAAACAUUUAACACUAUGACCACAGACAGGGAAAGUAUUUGUCGUGAGAUGAUUCAGGAGUUGAUACUCAAUGAACGGAUUCUGUCUACAUUACAAAUCUGUAUCCAUCAGGACUACAUUCCAAAUCCAUCUGAGCUCUCGAAUGUUGAACUAGCAACACUAUGCACUUCUGCAGGAGCAUCUGCUAUAAGAAGUAAACAACUCUCAGAGGCACUUGCUCAGAUGGAGGCCUACAUCCUGAAAACGACAGUAAAUGGUUUCAUUUUUUCACACUCGUGGACCUCAGAGAUAGUUGCGAAAGUCUUAGCUGAACAUGAUGAAACUAUUUUUAUAGUCCGCUGCAGCCUCAAAUAUUUAGAGCAUGUACGUUUGGAGCCAAGUGAACUUGCAGAGUUUGACUAUGCCAUAAUUGUCAACCAUAAGUCAGCAAAAGUUCUUGCAGAACGCCUCUCUAACGAAAUGCGGAAAGGUCAUCUUCAUUUUGUUUUGUCCCAUGUUUCACUGAAACAUCCAGUCGUGUUCAGAGCAGUACAACAAUUGCUGCAAUAUAGAGAGACCUUCAAAAUUAGAGACGCACAGUCAGGGGAACAAAUACAAUCCCUUAUUCCUAUUUGCCACAUACCCACCUUAGAACAGAAAUUGUUGGAAAUACCCUUAGAUGGUGUUUGCACAAUGCGAUGCCUUCGUAUGUGUAGCAGAUAUGGUAAUGUAAGACUCAUGAGACUACUUCUCGAGAAGAAGGCGCGCAUUUUGCAAGAGCAACAGAACAAAGUUGGAGACUUACUGAUAACCUGUGCUAAGUGGAAUCAUACGGAAGGUUGCAAGGCUAUGCUGGAAUAUGCGGAUGUUAACUCUGUCAGUAGGAGUGGCAACACAUGCCUCCACUAUGCUGCCAGCUCAGAUAACUUGGAACUGUUGUCUCUCCUUUUGGAUGAGGAUGGGAUUAAUGUUGAUCUCCUGAAUAACAAAAAGGAAUCAGCAUUGUCAAAGGCUUUGUAUUGUAAGCAUGAACAGGUGGCAGAAGCCCUGAUAGAGGCUGGAGCCAAUACACAGCUUAAAGAUAGGUAUUGUCGGACAAGCUUUCUGAUAGCAGCACUUGUCGGAUCUGUGCCUAUUCUAAAACGGUUACUGAAAUCAGAUCACAGAUAUAUAGAUCAUCGUGAUAACAUGGAAAACACUGCCUUACAUUUGGCAGCAAUGAAAGGUCAAACAGAUGCUAUAGAACUGCUCCUGAAAGAAGAUUUUGACAUCCAAAAAGUAAAUGUGGACAAGAUGACGCCUCUCCAUAUGGCAGCGAGAAGUGGAAAAUACUUAGUUGUGGCUCCUCUUCUCAGCAUAGAAAGAAAGUCAGCCAGUUCUGGAAAACAUGGAAAGCCUAUAAUCAGGAGCAUGUCUGUGGAUCUUAAAGAUAUCCACGGCAUGGCACCGCUUCACUAUGCAGCAAUGUGGGGUUAUGAAUAUGUAUUGGGAAGACUUCUGCAGAACAUGUGUGAGAUCAACCUCAGGACUGAGAAAUCGGAAACUGCAUUGCACUUAGCAACUCAGGGUGAUCACAUAGAAACAGUACAAUCCCUUCUGAAAAACAAAGCUGAUCCUAGUUUGUCUGAUAGGAAAGGGAGGACACCACUUCAUAUUGCUGCCCAGGAAGGACAUUUAAAGAUUGUAAAACUCUUUCUUAGGGAAAACGUUCCCACUCAGAAGGUAGAUGAAGACAACAAAACUGCGUGUGACUUAGCUCAUGCGAAUAGACAUCGGAGCAUUGUCAAAGAGAUCAAAGUUCAACAGAAAAAAACUAAAAGAGCAGAAAAGUUUGAUGAGAAGUUGGAAAGCAGUCUUCACCAACAAUGUGGGAUGAUUAAUGCGAAUAUUUCACGAUUUGUGGUACCAUGUGUGACUGCUAUCGUAUUGUGUGAUGCUUUUGGUAUUUUAUACUAUAACCUAUCAUAACGGUAGGUCACGCUUAGUCUGUGACUGAAAACACCUUGUUACGGUAAGGAAAUCCAUUUGGGAGACGAGGACGAGAAAAGUCAGUGAUACAAAACCCAUGUAUUUCUAAAGGAAGGAUAUGUACCACGAAUACUCAUCCUCCGCACUUAGACCGUUCCUCCAUAUGGACACAUGCGCUGGUUAAAUGCUGCAAUCAGUUGCUUCUAUGAAAGAAGCUAUCAAGUGCUUUUGUCCUGAGACAGACACAUUGUUGGAAAGUUCAGACAAUAGUUCUUUAUGGGCCACUUGGUUAUAAAGAUGGGGGCCAUAGAAAAUUCAUCAAUUUAACAGAUGAGACGUUGAGUGUGAUUGAUCUAACGCAGAUCAAUUCCCAGACAGAGGGAAAUGGGUUUUCAACAUGACGAACGAUUGUUUCAAACACUUCAACCACACACAGCUCUGUGCUAAAGAGACUGUGAUUUUACGUGACCAAUUCAGCAGUAUUGGCCUGGAUAUACAACCUCCAGUAAGUGAUACACUCAUAAAAUCAAAUUAACUACCAGUUGAGGUUUGAUUGGGGUGACCCAUGUGUGCAGGUGGUGCUGAUGAGAUGGUGAGUUGACGUUCUGCAGCUAUUUAGAGUUAAAUGUUCCUGUAAGAGGCGACUAAGCGGAUCAGGUGGUUAGGCACCUUGACUUUCUUGAUUGCCACAGACUGGAGUGUUUGGUCCAAAUUUGCUAAAACGAUGCUGCAAUGUUAAUGUGAGUGAGUUUUUAGCAAAAUGUCAGCAACACCGGGGCAGUAUCGGGGCGAGGAACGCCCGAAAUAGGCUUCACAUGUUGUACUUAUAUGGGAAUAGAACCCGGCUGUUCAGCGUAACGUGCGAACGCUUAAACCACUAUGUUACCCCACCGCCCCUGCAGCGUUAUUACGGACAAAAACUAUCAUCAAUCUGCUAAGUGCCUCCAAGUGUAGCGUAAGCACUUUGGUUUUGUGAUAUUAAACCAUGUGAAGUGAUGCAAGCUGUAGAGAUGUACGGAGUGAUGCACUGAUGUGUGAUGUAUAUAUAAGAAAUUAGGUUAUGUUGAUAAAUGAUGUACAGUAAACUACGGUUAUAACGAACUCAUAGGGACUACUAAUUUUAGUUCGUUAUAACCGUAGUUCGUUAUA